CCCCCCCCCCCCCCCCCGGGCCCGGCGCUGGCGAUGCGGCUCCUGAAAGCCGGGGUGUGGCUGUUGGUUGGGACCGGGGCCGCGGCGCUGUGUUGGGCUGUGGCGGCCCCCGGGCCGCACCGCAGCGACACCAUCCGGAAGGAGCUUCCGGAAUCCAAUCCACUGCGGAAGCGGGAGACCGACCGCAGGAACGCUCUGGUCAUGCAGGUCAUCAAGGAGGCCGCGGAGACGGAGGAGAACGUGGCCUGGAGGACGGACUGGAGGAAAUGAGCGGCAGGAACGGGAAGAGGCCAUUCAGCCCCUCGCUCUGUGCCUCAACUCCAAUUUCCCGCCCUUUCCCCAUUUCCCUUGACACCCGGACUUAAUAUCUCCUUUCGUUCCCAUCAAGGUAUCCCCCUCAGCUCCUGGUAACCCCCCGCAGCCAAAGCCUUAACUAGC